GUCCUAGUCUCAUCCUCCCUACAAAUUACCACUAAACACCAUCUAAACGACAUGUGCCAGGUCCAAUCAGCAGGACAUCUUUCACUCAUUCUUCUUCCUUAGAAAAGAAUUACAGGAAGACAUGAAGAAAACGAAAUGGGCCAGUCCAAGAAGCUCCCCUUCGACGUUCAGCUAGUCCUUCCUCUGCUCCCCUUCGCGCCUCGAGCGCUGUCGACCCUGUACCGAGAGUACAUCGGAGCCGAGUUCAAAGGCGUCCAGUUCUCCGACGUCCCGAUCCACCCAGGCGUCGAGUUCCACUUCAUCCUCUCCUUCGCCAUUGACUACGACUCCUCCCCGUCCCCGACAAACGGCUGGUUCAACGUCUUCUGGGACACCGACAGCCUCACCCCCGCCCAGGUCGCCUCCAUCAAGUCUGGCAACUCCAAGGUCAAGGUCGCCGUGAGCCUCGGCGGAGCGUCCGUCGGCAACGGCAGCACCGUCUACUUCGCCCCGUCCAACCUCGACUCCUGGGUCUCCAACGCCGUCUCCUCUCUCACCGCGAUCCUCGAGCAGUACCACCUCGACGGCAUCGACAUCGACUACGAGAGCUUCCAAGCCGACCACGACACCUUCACCGGGUGCAUCGGCCGGCUGACAAACACCCUCAAGAGCAAUGGCGUCAUCUCCUUCGCGUCCAUCGCUCCCUACACCGACGACGCAGUCCAGAGCCCUUACCUGGCGCUGUGGAGCAGGUACGGCCAGCUCAUCGACUACGUGAACUUCCAGUUCUACGCGUACGACGCGGGGACGAGCGUGUCCCAGUUCAUUGGCUACUUCGAAGAGCAGAGCCAGAAUUACGGAGGCGGGAAGGUCCUGGUGAGCUUCAUCAGCGACGGGAGCGGCAGGCUGUCGCCGGAGGACAGGUUCUUCACGGCGUGCGAAGGGCUGAAGAGCCAGGGGAAGCUGCACGGGAUCUUCGCAUUGUGCGCCGACGACUCCAUGGCCAAGGGCUUCAAGUACGAGAAGCAGUCGCAGGCGUUGCUCGCCAUUUCUCGCUAGAGUUACCACCGUAUUCCGUAGCUGUCCGUGUGUGCUUUGUGUAUGAGUUCGUUGCAUGCUGUACUAUCAGUACUCGUUCCUGUGGUUUGAUGUAUACUAUGAAUUUGUGAACAGUUAUAUAAAUAUUGUACCUAGGACA